UCUCCCCACUCACUCUCUCAGGGUCAUGCAGGCAGGAGUUUAAGGGACCACUUCUCCACGGCAACUCAUCGGGACGACCGCAGCCAGCAGCAGGACAAUCACCAGAGGGCAGAGGCAGACGACCCAUCGGAAAACUAUCAUCUGAACAACCUCUGGGCUGCCGCUCUCAUCUCUGAAGCAGCGCUGCCUGUGGGAUAGCAGUGUGUGUGUGUGUGUGUGUGUGUUUGUGUGCAUGUGUUACGUGUGUUCCCAUCCCGUCUCCCCCCCAAAUUAGUGCAUUAGUAUGCAGGGUGCUUGUGUGUCAAUCUUGUGCGUGUGCAUAUGUGUGUCAGUGCUCCUCCACAGUGCUAUUUCACAGCCACCUACAGAAAGUGACACCUACACAGAGUGCACAGAUGGGUAUCACUGGGACCUUCAGACGGAGCACUGCAAAGACAUAAAUGAGUGUGACACCAUCCCAGAUGCCUGCAAAGGGGGGAUGAAGUGCUUCAACCACUACGGGGGCUACCUGUGCCUCCCCCGCUCUGCCUCCGUCAUCCCGGCCCCGGAGCCCGCCAUCACGCCCACCGAGAGCAACCCCUGCCCCCUGGGUUACGAGGCGCAGGAUGACAGCUGUGUGGAUAUCAAUGAGUGUGAGCGAGACGAACAUGACUGCCAGCCCAGCCAGCAGUGUAUCAACACACUGGGCGCCUUCACCUGUCAGUGCCCCGAUGGCUACCGCAAGGUUGGAAUAGAGUGCAUUGACAUCGAUGAGUGCAGGUACAGGUACUGCCAACAUCGCUGUGUUAAUGUCCCCGGAUCCUUCUCCUGUCAGUGUGAACCGGGCUUCCAGCUGGCAGGAAACAACCGCUCCUGCAUCGAUGUGAAUGAAUGUGAGAUGGGAGCGCCCUGCUCUCAGAGGUGUUACAACACGUACGGCACCUUCCUGUGUCGCUGCGACCAGGGCUACGAGCUGGACGCCGACGGCCUGACUUGUAAAGACAUCAAUGAGUGCGGCUUCUCCAGCUUCCUGUGCCAGUUUCAGUGUGUCAACGAGCCCGGGAAGUUCUCCUGUGUUUGUCCUGAGGGGUACCAGCUGCAGGGCACCAGACUCUGCCAGGAUAUAAAUGAGUGUGAAACAGGUGAACAUCAGUGUACCGAAGCACAGACCUGUGUAAACAUCCACGGACGGUACCAGUGUGUGGAGGAAAACCGCUGCCAAGAGCCUUACGUGCAGGUGUCUGAGAACCGCUGUGUGUGUCCUGUCAGUAAGCCGGCCUGUCGAGAUCUGCCCUUCUCCAUUGUUCAUCGCUACAUGAGCAUCACCUCGGAGCGCUCCGUCCCCUCAGACGUCUUCCAGAUUCAGGCCACCAGCGUCUCCCCGGGGGCCUACAACACCUUCCGCAUCCGAUCCGGAGACGAAAACGGAGACUUCUACAUCAGGCAAAUCAAUAAUAUCAGUGCCAUGCUGGUGCUGGCCCGCGCUGUGUCGGGGCCCAGAGAGUACACGUUGGACCUGGAGAUGGUGUCCGUUAACCCCCUGAACAGUUACCAGGGCAACUACCAGACCAGCUCCGCCCUCAGACUCUCCAUCUACGUCGGGCCGUACACCUUUUAAAGAAGAAGAAGACGAGUGGAGGGACACAGAGUAAGAUGGAGAGAGAGAGAGAGAGAUGGAGAGAAACACAGAUGCAAUAAAAGGAAAAUGAAGCUGUAAAACAAAAGUGGUCGACGCAGUUCAACCAGUCACUGUGAUGUUACACUCUUUCGCUUUUUGUACUUUCAAAGAGAGCCACACAAUUCCCAUAUUCAUUGACAACAGCAUACAACUACGAUGUAGCAGUAAUAUCCUGCAGCCUUAAAGUAAUUCACUCAGUCAAACCUGUCCCCUUGUGUCUUAUGAUGUUAUGUUUUCUGUCUUUUUUUAUUUAACACUAUCUGACAGCAUCACUCUGUGGUGACAAGUUUGAAAAGGGAUUUUAUGUUCUUCACAUCUGUUCAGGGUGUUAACUACUCUGUGUGACAUAUUUUCCGCCUGCCUUCAGCUGGAGUGAUUCACGCCCAGCGUCACUAGAUGAUUCUGUUUUCACCCGUUUACAUGCUUAUCUUUGGUUUUGCUCCGUUUGUCACUUUAUUCUCGUCAGCCCUGUUUCCUGUUGACAGACGUGAUUCAGUAACCACUCAGAUCAGACCUCAGAUCCUCCUUCACCCUCCACUGUUCAUUCCUAUAUGUUCCAGCUCUCCAUCACUGCCUUCUGUAGGUUUGUCACAAUGCUGAUCGUGUUUGUUUUUGUCUAAGAUUUGAACCCAAAUAAAACGAUAUACCUUUUC